AUGGCUAGCCUUUAUUACAUCUCCAAUAUCACAAGCUCCAGGGCUCCUUCAGCCCCUCUUCCUUCUCCAGUCCAAAGCACUUUCGUCGUGGAUGAUCUCAACAUCCUAAGGCAGGUUGCCAUCACGAAAGCCAAGGUGGAUUUCUCCAGUGUGGUGUGCCUGCCCCCUUCCGUCAUUGCUGUGAAUGGGCUGGACGGAGGAGGGGCUGGCGAAAAUGACGAGGAGCCAGUGCUUGUGUCCCUGUCUGCGGUCCCCAGCCCCCAGAGUGAAGCUGUUGCCAAUGAACUGCAGGAGCUCUCCCUGCAGCCCGAGCUGAGCCUGGGCCUCCAUCCUGGCAGAAAUCCAAAUCUUCCUCCCCUCAGUGAGCGCAAGAAUGUGCUGCAGUUGAAACUCCAGCAGCGCCGGACGCGGGAGGAGCUGGUGAGCCAGGGGAUCAUGCCGCCUUUGAAAAGUCCAGCUGCAUUUCAUGAGCAGAGAAGGAGCCUGGAGCGGGCCAGGACAGAGGACUAUCUGAAACGGAAGAUUCGUUCCCGGCCGGAGAGAUCAGAGCUGGUCAGGAUGCACAUUUUGGAAGAGACCUCGGCUGAGCCCUCUCUCCAGGCCAAGCAGCUGAAGCUAAAGAGAGCCAGGCUUGCCGAUGAUCUCAAUGAAAAGAUUGCACAGAGGCCUGGCCCCAUGGAGCUUGUGGAGAAGAACAUCCUGCCUGUGGAGUCCAGCCUGAAGGAAGCCAUUAUUGUGGGACAGGUGAAUUACCCAAAAGCAGCAGACAGCUCUUCCUUCGACGAGGACAGCAGUGAUGCCUUAUCCCCCGAGCAGCCUGCCAGCCAAGAGUCCCAGGGCUCAGUGCCAUCACCCCUGGAGUCCCGAGUCAGCGAAACAUUGCCCAGUGCCACAUCCAUAUCCCCCGCUCAGGUUCUUUCUCAGCUCUCAAUGGGCCCGGAUUCUGGAGAGACACUUUUCCUGGCAGAGCAGCCUCCUCUGCCUCCCCCACCCCUGCUGCCUCCCAGCCUCACCAAUGGAACCGCAGUCGCCACCGCCAAGCCUGCCCCCACACUCAUUAAGCAAAGCCAGCCCAGAAGUGCCGGCGAGAAGCCGCAGCGCGGGAAGAAGGCCAAGGAGCCGAAGCCAAAGGUGCGGAGGCUCAAGUACCACCAGUACGUGCCCCCGGACCAGAGGCAGGACAGGGGCGCGCCGCCCAUGGACUCCUCCUAUGCCAGGAUCCUGCAGCAGCAGCAGCUCUUCCUGCAGCUGCAGAUCCUCAACCAGCAGCAGCAGCAGCAGCAACAGCAGCACUACAACUACCAGGCCAUCCUGCCUGCGCCGCCCAAACCAGCGAGUGAGGCUCUGGGGAGCACUGCGACCCCCCCAGCACGCAGCCUGUCCACCACAGGCAGCAGUUCCAGCUCAAGCACCCCAGGGCCUGGUGGACUGGUGCGUCAGAACAGCACCUCACUGACUGGCAAGCCUGGAACCCUGCCUGCCAACCUGGAUGACAUGAAGGUGGCAGAGCUGAAGCAGGAACUGAAGCUGCGGUCCUUGCCUGUCUCAGGCACCAAGACGGAGCUGAUCGAGCGUCUGCGUGCCUACCAAGACCAAGUCAGCCCGGCCCCAGGAGCCUCCAAGGCGCCUACAGCCACCUCUCUUCUGUCCAAGGCUGGUGAAGUGGUGGUCGCCUUCCCUGCUGCCCGGCUGGGCACAGGAUCAGCCCUUGUAGCAGCAGGCCUGGCUCCAGCAGAGGUGGUCGUGGCCACAGUGACCAGCAACGGCGUGGUGAAGUUUGGCAGCACAGGCUCCACACCCCCUGUGUCUCCCACCCCUUCAGAGCGCUCACUGCUCAGCACGGGUGACGAAAACUCCACACCUGGGGACACCUUUGGUGAAAUGGUAACAUCACCCCUGACACAGCUCACCCUGCAGGCUUCACCACUGCAAAUCCUCGUGAAGGAGGAGGGUCCCCGUGCUGCACCCUGCUGCCUGAGCCCUGGGGCGCGGGCUGAGCUGGAGGGCUUGGACAAGGACCAGAUGCUGCAGGAGAAGGACAAGCAGAUCGAGGAGCUGACACGCAUGCUCCGGCAGAAGCAGCAGCUGGUCGAGCUGCUCCGGCUGCAGCUAGAGCAGGAGAAGCGGGCCCAGCAGCCCGCGCCUGCGCCGGUGCCGGCCCUAGCCCCAGCCCCGGCCAGCGCUCCCGUGAAGCAAGAAAGCAGCUUCUCCAGUUGCCAGCUGAGCUGCCAGCUCCAGGGUCCUGUUCACCCCUUCAGCCCUGGCCUGGUGAUCCCUUCUGCCAACCAUGGAGACACUCAUGUACCAGCACCAGGGACCCCUGCUGUCGUGGUGAAGCAGGAAGCCGGGCCACCUGAGCCAGAUCUGGCCCCUGGCCCCCAGCUGCUCUUGGGCCCACAGGCCACUAGCCAUCUCAAGAGGAUCGCCCCUCCCACCCUGGUCACUGACUCCACAGGGACCCACCUUGUCCUCACUGUGACCAAUAAGGAUGCAGAUGGCACUGCACUGUCUAGUGGGAGCCCUCAGCAGCCCUUGUCCCAGCCUGGCUCACCAGCCCCUGGCCCACCUGCGCAAAUGGACCUGGAACACUCACCACAGCCUCCAUUUGGGACUCCCACUUCUCUCCUGAAGAAGGAGCCACCUGGCUAUGAGGAGGCUGUAACCCAGCAGCCCAAACAGCAGGAAAAUGGCUCCUCAAGUCAACAGAUGGAUGACCUGUUUGAUAUUCUUAUUCAAAGUGGAGAAAUUUCAGCAGAUUUCAAGGAACCACCAUCUCUACCAGGCAAGAAGCCACCGUCAGUAGCAGCCUGUGGGUCACCCCUGACAGCGCAACCUUCACCCUCCACUGAGCUCCCUCAGGCUGCCCCACCUCCACCAGGCUCUCCAGCCCUUCCAGGGCGCCUGGAGGACUUCCUGGAGAGCAGCACAGGCCUUCCCCUGCUGACCAGUGGUCAUGAGGGGCCAGAGCCCCUUUCCCUCAUUGAUGACCUCCACAGCCAGAUGCUGAGCAGCUCUGCUAUCCUAGACCACCCCCCGUCACCCAUGGACACCUCAGAAUUGCACUUUGCUCCUCCUGAGCCCAGCAGUAGCAUGGGCCUGGACUUAGCUGAUGGCCACCUUGAUAGCAUGGACUGGCUGGAGCUGUCAUCAGGGGGUCCUGUACUCAGCCUGGCUCCACUCAGCACCGCAGCCCCCAGCCUCUUUUCCACAGACUUCCUUGAUGGCCACGAUUUGCAGCUGCACUGGGAUUCCUGCUUGUAGCCCUCCAGCUCCAAACAGGCUGGGAAAAGGCCUGAAGUUGAGCCUUAGAAGGGGAGCUAGCUGCCAACUGUGUGGUUGUGUCUUGACAAUCACAGUCUCUGCUCUUUCCCAUCCCGGGAGGCGAGGCGGGAGCAGAGGGCCUCUACCUGGCUCAGCCUCUCCAGGGCAGAAGACAGAACCUGCCAAACUACUCUGGGCUCCAUGCUGGGGACUUAAGAGGCCUGGCCAGGGCCAGUUCAAUUCGACCUCCUUUUCUGAGGUCAGAGGUGCCCAGGUGGGUCCAGGGCUGACUUGCUUUCCUUCUUGGUGAUGAAAGAAGCUAACCACACCCCUUAACCACCAUCACUCAUGUCAGCCAGUCCCAGGGGUCUGGCUUCCUGAAAGGGAGUGCUCUGCCAGUGUAAUGUCUUGGUGUAGUGUAACCAUUUAGUGGUUGGUGGCAAAAACUUCCUGUACAGCUGUAUAUACCUCUAUAUUAUAUAUCGACAUACAUAUAUAUAUAUAUAUGUACUUUGGAGGGGGUGGGAGACGUGUGGCUGCCUCCCACCUGAUUCCACAGAGGCCUGGAGGGCUGCACUUGCAAGAGGCUUGAUGCAGGGUCACCCUGGGCUGUGUGCAGCAUAGCCCAGUACCCAGCCUGGCAUGCAGCUGCCUAGGCCCACCCCUCACGUGUGUGACAUGUAGACACCCUGCCAUGGCCUACACCCAACUACCUGCUUCCUUAGUGCCACAAGGGCAGAGGCGCUUCCUGGCCUGUGUCAGAAGCUCUAAACCCGCACCCACAUUCCAUCCCAUUGCCUCUUGCAGCCAACAUUGGCCUUGGACUGGACGGCCCAGCGCCACCUGCUGGUGGCUCAGAAGCUGCGGCUGCCUGUCUGCCACCAUCCUUGUUCUGGCCUGAUUCAUAAAGGAGUAGGGAUGGAAUUCCCAAAACCAGUGCUGGGACAAAGGUGGGAAAGCUGUGUGACUUUUUUUAAAAUAAAAACAAGACUCCUUA